AUGGCUGUGAUUGCAGGUGAGCAGCAGAGCUGUUUGGCGCUGAGGGGCAGAGGUCACGGUUUGGAUGAAAUAAUGUCGUUUGAGACGGAUAAGCAGGCGGUGUAUCUGCAGGUCUACAGGCCGGUAUAUUUCCAGCUGGUGGAUGUUCUGCUACACAAAGCCCAGUUCCCCACGGACCAGGAGUACGAUUCCUGGUCGUCGGAUGAGAAAGAGCAAUUCAGGAUCUAUAGGGUGGAUAUCUCAGACACACUCAUGUACGUGUACGAGAUGCUGGGAGCGGAGCUGCUGAGUAACCUGUAUGAAAAACUAGGAAGACUGUUGACUAAUACCGAGCAGCCCACUUCAUGGCAGCACACAGAGGCCUUACUCUAUGGCUUCCAGUCGAUAGCGGAGACGAUAGAUGUGAAUUACUCUGACGUCAUCCCCGGCCUGAUAGGACUCAUCCCCAGAAUCAGCAUCAACAACGUGCAGCUAGCAGACACAGUGAUGUUCACUAUAGGUGCGCUGGCUGAAUGGUUGGCAGACCACCCGGUGAUGCUCAGCAGUGUCUUGCCCUUGGUACUACAGGCUUUAGGGAACCCAGACCUUUCUGUCUCAUCUGUCUCGACACUGAAGAAGAUUUGUAGGGAGUGCAAAUACGACCUUCCGCCCUACGCAACAAACAUAGUAGCUGUCUCUCAGGAGGUGCUUAUAAAGCAGAUCCACAAGACGAGUCAGUGUAUGUGGCUGAUGCAGGCGCUCGGCUUCCUGCUCUCCGCUCUCCCUGUGGAAGACAUCCUGAAAAACCUGCACUCUCUCAUCACCCCCUACAUUCAGCAACUGGAGAAGCUAGCAGAUGAGACGCCCAAUCCCUCCAAUAAAUUGGCAAUCAUCCACAUCUUGGGGCUGCUUUCCAACCUCUUCACUACGCUCGACAUCAGCAAGCAGGACGAUGAGUCAGCAGACGGCUCAGCACCAGCUGUCAAAACUGCCCCUCCUCCACCAGGACCAAACCCAGUGGUGGUGGUUUUGCAACAGGUGUUUGCCCUCAUACAGACGGUACUCGGUAAGUGGCUGAACGACUCGCAGGUCGUAGAGGCGGUGUGUGCCAUUUUUGAGAAGUCAGUGAAGACUCUUCUCCACGACUUUGCUCCCAUGGUGUCUCAGCUCAGUGAGAUGCUCGGGCAGAUGUACAGUACCAUUCCCCAGGCCCCAGCCCUCGACCUCACACGACAGAUGGUGCAUAUCUUUGCCAGUGAGACAGACCACUUCCCACCCAUCAAGGCUCUGUUUGAACUGGUUACCUCGGUAACGCUGUCCAUCUUCCAGCAAGGUAGGGGGUCCAGCAGGGGCGGGAGUGUGAAAACUGUCAAAUGUAUUGAAAUCUGUGGUACCUUUUUAAAUUCUGGUCAUAUUUGACAUUACAGCAUCCAACACAUUUGUAAACAAUUAUAAACAGAUUGCUUAAAAUCAGUUGUUUAUUAUGACGAUAUACUCACAUUUGUUUCUGCGAUUGAAGACCGACACGAUGAUGCUUUUUCAGACACAGAAUAGGAUACAAAAGGUUGGAGGUCACUGGGCUACGUUGCCACAGUCGACCUUUAAAUGUUUGCUCUCAUUACUCAAUAAUGGAGGUUGUUCGUCUGCUUGAUGUUUUUGAAGUAUCAAAAGUCUCAACUGAUCAAUUUAUCAAUGCUGACUGUUCCGUUUCCACUGAUAAGCAUUGAUUCAAUCAUUGUCAAGACUAAUGUUUUCCAUGUUUACCAGUCCAGUAUUUGCUUAUUUAUUUAUUUGGAUUUACUGUUUCAGUGUUUAGGCUGCAUGAACAUGUCUUUCAUUUUGUGAAAUGUUGAUCAGAAGCUUCUCAAUGUGCGUGACCCCGGGGAUAGUCUAGAUCUUUACUUAACAUAAAAGGGACAUGAACGAGAUGAUAACAUUUCAUCCUCCAAAACUUGGGUUAGGAUUCCAGCGCUGUCUGCCUCCCCCCUUUCCUUUGUGUUGUCCCCCCUUUCCUGCUUUGACUGGUUUAGUAUUGGCUGCCUCUCCUCCUGCUUCUUAACUUUUCCUUUUUUGAGCAGGUGCCUCUCAGUAGACAGUAUCAGGGCAGGAGACAUUCACAGCACAGAGACCACUAGCUUAUUCAGUUGGCUGACAUACACUAUAACAUGGCAGUGCCGGCCAAUUUGCUCUGUUUGAUCAGGGGUGGUAGUCACUCCAACAUUAAUCUUAGAGGGAUAGUUCAUCCCAAAAUAAAAAAAUACAUUAUUCUUACCUGUUUCCCUCUAGAUUGUUUUGGUGUGAGGUCCAGAGUAUUGGACAUAUCGGCUGGAGAGAUUUCGGACUUCUCUCAAAUAUAAUGUAACUAGAUGUAACUUGAUGGUACGAAAGGUGUCAAAAAGAGAUUGGUAAAACUGAACAGCAAUUAUUAUUGUUAUGAUUAUUAUUAUUAUGAUUAUUACUCAAGAUGACUUUGUGUAGUUUCAUGUAGGCACUAUUUUCUUUCUAUAGAACUACAUCCUGCUGGGUGUAGCCGAGUGCCAUCUGGUUCCCUUAUAUUAGAGAAAAGGCAGACAUUUCUUUAGCCAACAUCUCAUACCAAAAGUUCUAGAUGUCUCUUGAUAUAUUGCACUUCAUGUCCCAGGAAAAAAUAUAGAUUUUUGAUUUAGGGGUGAACGAUCUCAUGUAAGGCGUCUGAGAAAAAAAACAAUGUUUGAAAGUCAGGAAUCUCAAAUGUCCAGAAGCUUCUUCAGGAAAUGUGUGUUGUAACUGUGCAUCAUUCUGCAACACUUUAAAAAGUCUUGUAGUCUGUGUCCAGCACAAGGGGGGGAGGUACUGAUAUCAGAACAUAUCCUGAUCUUUGAGUGUGAUACAGAUGGCUAUGGGCUCACCUUUGAAGCAAAGGGGCUCUGACUGACCAGCUCUGAAUGGACCCUCGACAGAAACCUCCACCCCAGAGGCACCGUCUGAGAGGAAAUGUGUUUCUUCUUGUCUGAUCACAUUGAUGCCAGCGGUGCCUCUGGGGAAGGAGCUGGGGGGGGUUCAUUCAGGUGUGGUGCCUCUUUCCCUCCAAACUGUAACAGUAACAGAGGUGCCUCCUGGGUUCCCACUCCAAACCCACUUUUGUUUCUUUUAGGUUUUUUUAUUUUUCUCUUGUUACUUCUUUCUUUCUCUCCAAACAGACCCAUGUCUUUGUCUUCUGCCUGUUUUCUGUUUUUGGUUGGUCUGUUUUACCAAG